CAUAUAUAUACAUAAUUGAUCAUAUUUAGAAACACAAAUUAAGGAUUUCAUAUAUGUAUUAAAGAUGAUCCAACAAAGUAUUGUGACAUUACUGUCUUUAUUUGUAAUUGUGCCAAUAAGUUGGGCAAUUAAUAAUCCAUUAAUAGAACUUUCAAGUAGAGAAGAAUUAGCAAAGAUAGCUGGUUAUGGUGAAGAAAAACUCUCUACUGUUUUCCUCCAUGGUACUCUUCUUUGUGGUCACACACCACAUCCAGUUCAAGGAGCAACAGUGGCGGUGUAUUGCGGAACUAGUGGGCCGGGUCAGGUAAGGAGAUCAUCAUGGGCCAAAAAUGUAACAGAUGAAAGUGGAGAGUUCACAAUAGAUGUCCCUUCUCAUUUCCAUGCUAAUAUUCAUGAUCCAAAUAUAUGCCAUAUUCAAAUUCUUCAUCUCCCAAAGGACAACUCACUUUGUCGUCGUCAUCAUCAUUCUUUUACAAAAAGGAAAGCAUUCACACUAACAUCAUCCAAUAUUGGUGUUCGCGUUUACACGAUUCCAACAAUUUACCUGAUUCCUAAAGCCAGCUCACAAGUAUAAGAAGACGAAAUUCAUCUCCACGCACAAUUUCCUGAGAUGUUGUUUUAGUCACACGCAUUAUAUUGAGUUGUGCGCUUAUAUGUUAAAUUUUUGUCAAUGUACAAUUUUGCAUAUAUAGCUUUCUAAUUAAGCGUGUUGUACGUAAAAAUAGUAUUAUUAAGUAUAUGUUAUGUGAGAAAUCUCAUGUUUAACUCUUUGAGUGACACCUUAAAAAUUAAAUAUGU